AUGAAUCUGUGGCAUGAGUUGGAGACCAUAGGGCAAGGGGUUCAGAAUCCUUGGAUUGUGGUGGGAGAUUACAACAAUGUGCUCAACAGUAAUGAUAGAGUUGGUGGGAACCCUGUCCAUGAAAAUAAAUAUAAGGAUCUUGUAGAGAUGAUGAAGAGAAGUGGGUUAUUUGAGGCUAACACUAAAGGCAGCUACUACACUUGGACCAAUAAAAGUACCUCUAAUCCAAUCUAUUCUAUAAUAGAUAGGAUGAUAGGGAAUAGCGAGUGGUUCCAAACUUUCAAUGAUGCUAAUACUGAAGUCCUUCUUCCUGGGAUAUCAGACCAUGCUCCCAUUAGAGUCAGGAUUGUGAAACAAGAGGUCCAAAAAAGAUACUUGUUUAAGUUCCUGAACUAUCUUACUCAUGAUCCUACCUUCUUCCCUCUAGUUCAGGAUAGCUGGCAGCAGGAGGUCAGAGGCUCAGCCAUGUAUAGCCUAUGGACUAAACUUAGAAGAUUACAACCUAUCCUUAAACCUCUGACCAAACAAGUGACUGGAAUCAAAAUUCAAAUUCAGCAAGCCAGAGAUAGUCUAAUGCAAGCUCAGACUAGACUUCAGCAAGAUCUUUUUUAUAGCAGGGCCAUAGAUCAGGUGAAAAUCUGUACUGAGCAGUUGGGUAAGUUGAACCAGAUGGAAGAGACUAUGCUGAAGCAGAAGGCUAAAAUUGACUGGUUGAAGCUAGGGGAUAUCAAUAAUUCUUUCUUUCAUGCUUCUAUCAAAGAGAAAAACAAGCAUAAGGGAAUACACUCUAUGACAACCAUGGAUGGCAUUAAAUUUAAUACCCCUGAGGACAUAGAGAAUGAAAUCCUCAUGUUCUACAACAAGUUAGUUGGGACUAGGCUGAGUAGACUAGAAGUAAUUGACUUACCUGCCAUCAGAAAUGGUAAAAUCUUUAGCAGAGAGAGUGCUCAAACUCUUAUCAAGCAUGUGGAGGAGAAAGAGGUGUGGGAUGCUUUGGUUAGCAUUGGCAACAGUAAAGCUCCAGUAUGGAUGGGUUCAAUGCCUACUUUUUCAAAAACACUUGGAAGAUUAUAG